UCCUCCCCCUCAGAGGAUAAGCGGCCGCCGGUGCUGAAUGAGAGCGGCUGAAGCGAGCGGGCUGAGGCGGGCGGGCGAGGAAGGGAGGGAGGCGGCUAAGCUCGGGCCGGGCAGCUCGGCUUCCUCGCCGCGUUCCGCGUUCGCUCUGCCCGCUCCUCUCGCGUCUCGUCAGCAGGAGUAAUGACUCUGAAGAUGAAUCAGUAAAGCCAUCGCUGCAAAUGUAGGGCAGUAAAUCAAUGGUGUGGACAGUAUGGACCUAAUGAAUGGGCAGCCCAGCAAUGUUAAUAUUGCAGCUACUGCUUCAGAGAAGAGUAGCAGCUCGGAGUCAUUAAGUGACAAAGGUUCUGCUGAACUGAAGAAAAGUUUUGAUGCAGUGGUAUUUGAUGUUCUGAAGGUUACACCCGAGGAAUAUGCGGGCCAGAUAACACUAAUGGAUAUUCCUGUAUUUAAAGCUAUUCAGCCCGAGGAACUGUCAAGCUGCGGUUGGAAUAAAAAAGAAAAAUACAGUUCUGCACCAAAUGCAGUUGCCUUUACAAGAAGAUUCAACCAUGUAAGUUUUUGGGUAGUUAGAGAGAUUCUUCACGCACAGACAUUAAAAAUACGAGCUGAAGUUCUGAGCCACUAUAUUAAAACAGCUAAGAAACUCUAUGAGUUGAAUAAUCUACAUGCUCUUAUGGCUGUGGUGUCUGGAUUACAAAGUGCCCCCAUCUUCAGGUUGACCAAAACUUGGGCGCUACUGAGCCGAAAGGACAAAACUACUUUUGAGAAGCUGGAAUAUGUAAUGAGUAAAGAAGAAAAUUAUAAGAGACUUAGAAACUAUAUAAACAGCUUGAAGAUGACUCCUUGCAUUCCUUAUUUAGGUAUUUAUCUCUCAGAUUUGACAUACAUUGACUCGGCAUACCCAUCGACAGGGAGUAUUUUGGAAAAUGAGCAGAGAUCAAACUUAAUGAAUAACAUACUCAGAAUAAUUUCAGACUUACAGCAGUCAUGUGAAUAUGAUAUUCCUGUGUUGCCUCAUGUUCAAAAAUACUUGAAUUCUGUUCAGUAUAUAGAAGAACUUCAGAAGUUUGUGGAAGAUGACAAUUAUAAGCUUUCACUAAAGAUAGAACCCGGAACAAGUACCCCACGUUCUGCUGCAUCUCGUGAAGAUUUAGUAGGUCCUGAAGUGGGAGUUUCGCCGCAAAGUGUUCGAAAAAAUGCUACAGCUGAAGGAGCAUUGCUACCACCGACUCCUCCAUCCCCAAGGAAUCUGAUGCCACACGGGCAUAGAAAAUGUCACAGUUUAGGAUACAAUUUUAUUCAUAAAACGAACACAGCAGAGUUCAAAAGUGCAACAUUCCCCAAUGCAGGACCAAGGCAUCUGUUAGAUGACAGUGUCAUGGAACCACAUGCCCCGUCCAGGGGACAGGCAGAGAGCUCCACUCUUUCUAGUGGAAUUUCAAUAGGUAGCAGUGAUGGUUCUGAGCUGAGUGAAGAGACUUCAUGGCCAGCAUUUGAAAGGAACAGAUUAUACCAUUCUCUUGGUCCGGUGACAAGAAUGGCACGAAAUGGCUAUCGAGGCCACAUGAAGGGCAGCAGUUCUGCAGAGUCUGAGGAUUUAGCUGUUCAUUUGUAUCCAGGAGCUGUUACUAUUCAAGGCGUUCUCAGAAGGAAGACUGUAUUGAAAGAAGGCAAAAAACCUACAGUAGCAUCUUGGACAAAAUACUGGGCAGCGCUGUCUGGAACUCAGCUUUUCUACUAUGCCGCAAAGUCCUUGAAGGCGACAGAAAGAAAACAUUUCAAAUCUACCCCAAGUAAGACUGUAUCUGUUGUGGGAUGGAUGGUCAUGAUGGCUGAUGACCCAGAACAUCCAGAUCUCUUCCUGCUCACAGAUUCUGAGAAAGGGAACUCAUACAAGUUUCAAGCUGGUAACAGAAUGAAUGCAAUGCUGUGGUUUAAGCAUCUGAGUGCUGCCUGCCAAAGCAACAGACAACAGGUUCCUGCCAACUUGAUGACUUUUGAGUGACAAACUUCUUCAAAACAUGAACGAAGAUGACACUUUUGAAUGCUGUCUGCCUAUCUCCUAGUUUGAGGAUGGAGGUUCUGGCGGAAACAUGCCCAGUUAUACUUCUGUGCCAGAACAAAGAUGGUAAACAGAGUUUCAAAUCUCUGAAGUACUGAACAAAAAAACAUACUAAGAAUUCAGGGGAUGGAAGUGCAAGAGGAACUGCCAUGGACCAUGUUGCUGCUUAAUAUUUUCUGAACCGACCUGUGGAAACCACUGCCUUAAAGAAUGACAGGAAACCCAACAUGAAACACCAAAUACUCUGUGUGUGUGUGUGUGUGUGUGUGUGUGUGUGUGUGUGU